AUGUCCACCUUAGGAUCUGGUCGAAGUGCUGGUGUGAAUCUUAGUUGUUUUCGAGAACUAAUGGGUAAAGAGAAGGUUCACGUUAAUAUCGUGGUCAUUGGCCAUGUGGACUCUGGGAAGUCAACCACCACCGGUCACCUCAUCUACAAGCUUGGAGCCAUUGACAAGCGAAUCACCAUUGACAUUGGUCUCUGCAAGUUUGAGACCACCAAGUACUACUCCACAGUCAUUGAUGCCCCCGGACACAGGGAUUUCAUUAAGAAUAUGAUUACUGGGACAUCCCAAGCUGACUGCGCUGUUCUUAUUAUUGAUUCCACUACAGGUGGUUUUGAAGUUGGUCUGCUCCCUCAUCAAGCAACCUUUGUUCCCACAACUGGGUGCUUGAUCGGCGGUGGCAAGGUUGCUAAGGAAUUUUCAACUCGUUUCAUUGUUCAACAUCUUUUAACUUAUCAACUAUUUGGCAGUGUGACAGAUGCAGUAGCCAUGGAUGGAAUAGAAAUUUCACCAUCUACCAGUCUCCAGUACCUCAUCAAAAUGAAGUAUUUUUCUCUAGCGUUACUUCCUUUUGGUCUAUACUUGUCUAUACUCAACAUUUGCUUGCAAAAUCUUCGUCUCAAAACUCAAGUGCAGUCGGGGAAAUUCAUGGGUGGCUUGUUUAAUUGGUUAACAUCUACUGUUUCAGGUGCUUGGGUUAUAGUUUCUUCCAAUUUUCUAGAGGAGUCUUAUGUAGAGGUUUUGGAGGCUGAUGAUGGAAGAUUCACUGAUUAA